CCCCCCGGGUGUGCGGGGGCUGCACCGCACCCAGCCCCGCUCCCCUCAGCGUGGGGCGGCCCGGGGCUUCCCGCUUUUCUCCCACCGCCGCUGACCGGCUCCUGGCUCCCGCCUCGUUUUAUGGUCGUGGAGAGGGAGGAAAAAUCCCAAACCAGCUGCGUAAAUGAGUAUGGAAGAUUAUGAUUUCCUCUUCAAAAUUGUUUUAAUUGGCAACGCUGGUGUGGGGAAGACCUGCUUAGUCCGUCGCUUCACUCAGGGGCUUUUCCCACCAGGUCAAGGAGCCACGAUUGGGGUUGACUUUAUGAUUAAAACUGUGGAAAUAAACGGCGAAAAAGUAAAGCUGCAGAUCUGGGACACGGCGGGGCAGGAGCGCUUCCGAUCCAUCACGCAGAGCUACUAUCGCAGCGCCAACGCGCUGAUCCUGACCUACGACAUCACCUGCGAGGAGUCCUUCCGCUGCCUGCCCGAGUGGCUGCGGGAGAUCGAGCAGUACGCCAGCAGCAAGGUCAUCACCGUGCUCGUGGGGAAUAAGAUUGAUUUAGCUGAUAAGAGGGAAGUCUCCCAGCAAAGAGCUGCAGAGUUUUCCGAAGCACAGGACAUGUACUAUCUGGAAACCUCGGCAAAAGAAUCAGAUAAUGUGGAAAAACUCUUCCUGGACUUGGCCUGCAGGUUGAUCAGCGAGGCACGACAGAACACCCUGGUGAACAAUGUCUCAUCCCCCUUACCAGGAGAGGGGAAAAGUAUCAGCUACUUGACUUGCUGUAAUUUUAAUUAAAGAGCUGACAUGGAAUUUCCCCUUCUGCCGUCGGCCAAGAGGAUUUUUUUUGUGUUGGGAUUUAUCUACUUGAAGGGUAUUCCUGCCACUUUGACCCAUCUGACUUACCCUGAGUCAGGUUGCAGGCCUGGAAGCAUGGCAGGCUGGUGGCUCCAGCUGCAUGGCAACAUAGCAGAAUACGCCGUGGUUUAAUUUUCAUUUUCCUUGCAGUCUCUGGAGCAGGUCAGGAAAAGAAGAGCUGCAUCAGUGCUUCAUGCAAUGCAGACCAGGAGCUAUUGUGUUUCCUCCUGUGGGACACCACAGCAGCCCCACUUGAAGAAGAUACUGAAGAGAACAAUGUAUUUGGUCCUUUUCAAAAUAAUAAAAAAAGAAAAAGCCAACAAUGAAUGCUGACUCUGGACUACACUGGCAAUAUUCUGGGCUGCCAGAGAGUGAGUUCUUAGGACAUGUACAUAGUGUCUGCCCAUGCAUCUUCAUGGAGGACUCUGGUGUUUGAAGUGGUGUUAUUUCUCUCAUCUACAGGCACUUUCAUGAACGUGGAAUUAAAAAAAAAAAAAAAAAGUCACAUAUAUCAAUAUUUUCAAUAUUUAUGAAGACAUGGAUACAACUCAGUUGCUCCCUUUGGUGCUAGCAGUUCAGCAAAUAUUCUGUAGACCAAACAUAGUCUUACUACAUUACUGUCCUCUGAAUGUGUAACUUAGAAAGGUUAGGAAGAAAAACCACUAAUAAGCACUGUUCAUAAAAAAAAAUAAAAUAUCUCGUUACCUCUUUUUCUAAGCCUGAAAAUAGUGGGAAAGGACUGUGCUUCUUUGAUAUCCAACCUAGGUUGAAAAGACUUUCCAGAAAUAAAAAAAGAAAAAUAAUUAACCCUUCCUCCUCUAAUUAGUAAUGUCCUAAUGUGAAAAAAAAUUAUCCUUGGGAAAGGUUUUUGGAGUUGGAAAAAGUGCACCAGAUGUGACCAAAAUCUUGUGUGCGUGGAUUGUGUGUUAAGAGUUCAAAGAGAGCACAGUGUGAAGGGGCAGUCUGCAGUAUGUCCAGCUUAAAAAUAAAGCUUGUGGAUACAGUUCUUGUACAAAGGCAGGUGUACAAUUUUGUUGAGGGUUUUUUUAAUGCUAACUGGAAAUAGCAACAGGUUUCAAGUGGUAUCAUUCUGUGUCUGAUCCAUCCACUACUCGCCUGGUGGACCUGAUCUCCAAGAUGCUCUUGAAGGUAUCUUCUUGGUAUGCAGUCUCUCUGCUGGAGUAGCUUUCAGGUUCAGGGCAGAAGAGUUGUUUAAUUUCCUCAACGCGUUGUAUUCCUAAUCCCAGACUCUGGUGUUUGUGUAACUGUGUUUAGGCAAUUUCUUUCUACAAAAAUUGGAAGACAGUGAAUGCAUACGAGAAAAAUUACAUUCAGAAGUUUGAGUUUAGUUUAGCUAACCUGAAUAAAUUUCUCCUGGCAAUUACAUGGCUGUGAUAUGCUGUAAUUUAAAGUUAAUACAUUUAAUGUUAUUUGGCUUUUACUGGAGAUUAUAACAGAACUUUUGUAUUGACAUAAAAAGCUGCCAGUAAGUACUUCUUGAAGAGAAUAACUUUUUUUAAGAAAAACAACAACAACCAAAACAUUAUAAAAUGCAUUCUCACAUUUUCCUGGCAAGACUUCUUGGGGUUGUGUCAUGUUGUGUCUUUCAUCUGUAAUGGGAAGCUGACUCUAUAUGGCAGAGAGAGGAGAGGAUCGGUGUAUCAUAUAGCCAUUUAAAAUAUUUUCUUGCCAUUUUCCCCAUAUUUUAUGACUAGUGAUAAAAAGGAAGAUGUAGAAGUUGUGGUGCAAGGCUUGUAUGUCAUUUAGGUAACACUUAGCAAAGAGCUUCUGUAAGUGUGAGAUAUGGGGAGCCAUGUCACUUGCUGCACUGGCCUGGUCCUUUUCAGCCUCUGCUCAUGGUAUAAUCCAGAGGAUUUAGAAAUGUGAGGAACUUGGUGGCUUCUGCUGUGCUGGGCUGUGUGGUACAGCCUGUGCUGAAGAGCAGUGUCUGUCUUGAGCAUUCCCCAAACUGCCAAAUGCUGCCUCAUUUGAGCUUGUGGAGGCCACCCAACUCUGAGACAGCCAGUUCAGCACAGCUUUUGGGUAGUUGCUCAGAGCAAGGCUCAAGGUAACACUCAAGCUAAAGACCAGUACUGUGUAUAAUUUGUAACAGUGGUUACUCUCCGGGUGCUGGACUUGUCAGCAUACGAUUGAUAACAAGUAGGGCAGGGCUGCUUGAUCAAGUUAAUCAAGGAGGAAGGAAACUGCCCACUAAACACUUAUGGGUUCUUCAGCCCGAUUUCCAAGCAUGUCAUUCCUGGGCAGGUAAUUUUUAUUCCAGUGUGAGUACCACUAUACAUGUGUUUUAAAGUGCUCCUUGCGUAACUUCUGGAGGUUGAACUCUACUGCAUUAUCAAGAUGGUCAAGUAGUAGAAACUGCUAACUUUAUGUUCUUGGAGAUUCACUUUGAGGCUUCUAGAAGGCUAAGUAUCUUUUUCCAGUGCUUUCCUAACCUGUAGGUGACUAUUUUGGAGACUAGCUGCCUACUAGCAACCUUGAAGCCUUGGUUGGUUUUAUUGCUAACAAAUCUUCUCCUUGUAAGGAUUCCAUCUCCAGACAGUGACUUGCUUUUGUGACAGGGUGAAGUGCUGCAGGUGGGCUGACGUUACAGUGAAGUAUCUGACUUCUCCAGGGACAAAUCUAAACUGGUUCUUUUCAAGGUUUAUUCUGUGUAGACUUAAAAAGUUGGAAGGAAACAGUGGUGGUAUGUGCAGCAUUUUAUAAGGUCAUAAGCCAAAGCUGUAGUUUGAAACUUGUCUCUUUUUUUGCAGUUAAUACAUUACCUGUUGAUGAGUAGUACAGUAUUUUACUGUAGUAACUCCUUUGCAGGAGUUAUUUUUGUAUGCCUUUGAGUAUCUCUGUAGUUGAUAAAACUUGCCUGUCCUUGUAGCACUGAGGGUGUAUCUUCUCUUCUGCAGCUUGGUCCACUGCUGAAGGCUUCUUAGCUAGGAGAUGAGCUUUAUCAACUGCUAAUGGCAACUUAGUACUGUGGCAUAGUGAUCAGUGUCUUGAAAAAUAAAAGGAGAUAAUAAUAAUGCAAAUCCCAAUUAUCUGACAAUCAGCUUUCCAGCAAUGGCCAACACCUUGCUAGUUGAGUGGAUUUUCAAGAACUCAGUAAAAAAAAAAAAUAAAAAUAGCCUUGUGGUGCUUGCUAGGUCAAGUGUUCAAAAGCCAUUAAGAAUAAUUGAUAUAAUGGGGCCAAAUUUGACUGUUCUCUGCUAUUGAGAGAGCAAAGCGUUGCUUUUAGUGUGGUUGCUAGAUGGUUGAUGUGAAUAUACCACCCUGAAAAUAUAGUCUUCUGGUUUCUGGGUGAAUAUUAACUUUUAUAGUAGUUCCAUAAUGAGACCUUUUCUUGAAAUUUUGGAGCACAAUAAGUAGCUCCAAGCAGAAACCAAUAUUGUUUGGUCAACAGAUGUUUGUUUUAUCUAGCGAAUCUGCUUGCAGACGCUAGUAAAAGCAUCUCCUUAAAACUGGAUGGUCUUAACUCUGCUUUCCAGUCCAGCCACUGAAUCAGUUGGGGUGAUCUUGGGGAAACCACCAGAGGUUCUGUGCUUCAGGUCCCUGUAUGUGAAGUACUCGCUAGUGUUUUCUAUUGGGUAUCUACAGUGCAGGUUUGCUGGGACAAGUCCUGACUCCCUUCUGUUCCUAUGUUCCUCAUGAGAAACCAAGGAGUGCUAGGAAAAAAACAACCUUUCUGGUCAAAGAGUUAUGACUGAAAAAGUGAUAUUGUGAACUCUGUAAAGAAGGGGACACUGGGUCCCACUUCCUACCUCUAACACUGAAGUCCUGAUUGGAUCUACAGGUAAGUUACUUGAGUGUGCAGUCAGAUAAAUACUUGUGCUGAAUGCCAAAUGGUUUUAUGAUCAUUAUUUAAUGAAAACCACACAUGACAAAAUGUCAGGCAAGAUACUUUGUUCUUUGCUGUGGAACACAAGGAACAGCCCUUAAAACCUGUGAGCCUGCUGGUGCUGUUUGUCUUUUUUGAAAUAGCUCUGUUGUAACAGUUGGCUCCUGCUAGUCUAGGUUUAGCAGUUAAUGGCUAUUGAAUUCCUGCAGCAUCAGUAGCAACAGCAGCAGACUGAGGCUGACACAGGAGGCAGUGAUUUGAAAAGGGGGAAAGUCAAAAUUAGGGAUGCAGAAGCAUAAUGGGUGCAGGCACAUGGGACAACAGACUUUCCCUGAGCUUUUCCUGACAAGGGAUGCAAUUAGUUUUAGUCAAACCCCCUGGGUUUUGCCUUGUUUGUUAUCCCCAAGGACUCCUGUUUGUUCAGCUGCUUUUCUACUUCUCUUUUCAGUAUGAGGAACUGUAUAUGAAUCUGGCUGAGACAUGAGCUGGCAUGAUUUCUGUAGUCUGAGAUGGAUUUCAGUUGGAAAAUAGGUGAAAUUCUGCAGCUAUUAAAACAGGCUGAGCCAAGAUGCAGGCUGCACUGCCCUUUGGGGGCCUGUGGUGCCAUAAGGGUUGGAUGUGGCUGGAGACACUGUCACGGAAGCCUUUUCCUGGCUAUGGGGCAGACUGAGUGCUAUAACCCUUUGUGCAAGAGGAAAGAUGACUCUGUGGAGCAGAGAAUACAAAGUAAAGAGAUGGCUCUCCUCGGUCAGGAUUCAUCGUCUUUUAAAGAAAAUCUAGGACUUGGAUUUUGAUUGCUCUGGACUUUCAUAAGGGAUGCUUUGAAUUUUAGUCUCCUGAAAUUCUGCAUUCUUUUGCUUUUAUAUCAAAGCAUGCAACAUCCUUAUAUGGGUUGCUCCUACUGACAAAGACCAUUUUGAGUUAAUUCAGUUAGAAAAAGGUGUUUCUAGAGGACAUUGUGUGUGAAUUCCUAGUGAGGGAGUGUGGAAACUCUGGAACAUGGAUGUACGUAAGGGCUCACCAGAAAACCCCCUGCAGUCAAAGGAAAUACUCUAAUCAAUUCUAAUAGUGAAAACCCUGUGAAAGAUUUUCUACUGCAUGUUUCCUUGCUCUGUUUAUAAACUUGAUUUGCUUAUCUGAACAGAUUUGGCUUUUGACACCACCCUCUUUCCUUGCAUCAAGUCUGUCCUGUAACUGUGGGUAACAGUGAUUCUAGUUGUUCUUCACAAGCAGCAAAGGAUCUUCAUAUUGAAGGACAGUCAUGUCUUCUUUUGACCAUGAGUGGUGGGGAAACACUGGCUUGAUUUCCUACAAGCAAGCAGUGCAUCCUAAGCUAAACAGCCUUGGCUGGAACGGGUCAUGUCUUUGAAAUGUGAUCAUCCACUCAAGCUGUAGUUAGAUGUACGAUAAAGGUUACAGAUUUCACAUCUGCCCCAGUUCAGGGUUUAUCUUGGCUAGAAAAAUAGACAAGAGGGUGGUCACGCUGACCGUGAUGCAAGGCUCCUGAAGUAGCUGCUGUGUUACCUCACUAAUCACCACCUCACUAAACUGACCCAAAGUCUCCUUUGCUGUACUGUACUAAAUCCAGCUGAGACAGAUUGCUGGCUGUCAUCACCCACAGAUGCCAUCCCACCCUUUCCCCUCAUGUGAAUUAGCUGCAACUUAAACCAGAAGUAAAAACUGUGCCAUGUGAAUUCAGGGUGUUUUGUUUUUAUCAAGUGGGAGCUACGGAUCCGGGGGGGUGGGGCUCAUCUCUAAUGUUUGCCCCUCUAAAUACAGUCAGCUGGAGAAAGAUAAGCCAGGUAUAGCAGAAACUGAGAUGGCAAUGAGUGGAAUUUAGGCUGUAAAUGUUGUAAAUGAAAAAUCAGACUGGUUUUGAGAGUAUAGUCAGGAUUAACAGCUCGUGCUGGUGUGUCUGAAUAAACAGGAGCUGGAUGUACUGUACUCAGAGACUGUCUGUUUUCACAUUGAUAACUAGCUAUUAGCACUUCCUGGAUGUGAUCACAUUUGCUGAACCAGUUACCCUUUUCCAGCAAGCUCAGAAGAUAAUUUUAGCUCUGGUUAAUGCUAAAAUUAAACUCAAGAAGCAAAUGCCACCUUUGCAUUUGCACCUUUGCUUUUUCUGCUACUGCUUAUCUUGGGGUGACAUUCCCAAGGUCAUGUGCUGUGGUAGUGGCCCUGCAGAGCAUCUUCUGGAGUCUAGCCCUGGUCCACAGGCACCUGAUAUGGCCAAAACCUCUGCCAUUCAUGGUUUUAGCUGUGAAUGGUUCCCUGGGGAAGAGGGGAUGUUAAAAGUACAUCUCUGCUUCCACAGUGACUGUGGGCUCUGGUGUGUCAUGAAUGCACACCUCAGAGCUUUUCAAAGCCUGAUUGCUCUAGUACCCUUUACCCACGAAUCUGCUCCUUGCCAAUAUUGCUCAUGCCUCAAGCCCUGUGGAGGUCUCAGACUGGAAACAAUCGUGGUGCAUGAACCACUGGAUCUGGCUCCUGCUUUAGUGAGAAGAAAGGAUCUGUGGCUCUGCUUCUGUGCCACCUUGAGUUUCUUACUAUGGAAAUAAACCUAACAGUAGGCCCAUUCUGAGCCGGGGCAUCCUGUAAGGAAUGUUUCACUUCUAGGACCAAUACCAGAUGUUAAGAAUCAGUGGGAGGUUGGUGCAAGUGAAUAAAUUUCCCAUGAGCAGGUGGAUGCUCCUUUCCAUCCAGGGAGACUUUGGGUCCUGUGGAGGAGGGGAGUCAUUCUGAGCUGUCACUUGAGUGGUGGUGUGAGGAUCUCCAAGGGUCUGGGUUGCAUCAUUGGCACAAGCUUUAGUAACAUUAUGGCCACAGGGUCCCCCAGUGUCAAACCUGCACAGAGCAGGAGGCAGAGGAGAGGGAAAUGCUGCUUUGACAUGUUAGUGGAGUGAGAAUAAAACAUUUGCUCUGUGGUGGGGAGAGCUGCUGUUUUUUCAGGCACUGUCACUGCUCCACUCGUGCAGACUGGAAGAAAACUCCCACAUACAGGCAGCUCUGAAGGGGGAAAACUAAUUUCUUAAGCCAAUGUUUUGGGGGAGAAAAGGCCAUCUAAUGGGAGUAUAGAAGAAGCCCAGCUGGUUUGCUCAGCUGGUUUGAAGUGACAAGUAUCUUUCUGGAUAUUAGAGAAGUAUUUUAAAAUGUGCCAUGGUUUUUAGCAUAAUAAGAUACACUGCAGAUAUGUCACAUCCAUUUUAUUCCCCACAGCUGUUUACAAAAAGGAAAAAAAACCCCACAAGCAAACCCUGAGAUCAGAGCAGCUGCAGUCACUCAGCUGUCAAUAUGGGACAAGGCUCUUUCUGCUCCUCUUUUAUUUCCACUCCACUCUGUACUGCUGCACAUAUUUGGCGGUUCUGUGAAUUUGCAGAUCAUGAGGUUUUUUUUCCAACUGCCUUUGAUCUAUACAGAAAGAUUCACACAGCUCUCAUUUGAAUUCAUUAAUACUUUGAGUAGGCAUUUUCAUUUUAUGUUUACUGGCUUGUUUCCCUUUGUAAUGUAAUCUGACAGGUUUGUCGUGCUCUGCAUUACCUUUAGGUUUUUGAGUCUAAAAUGUUUCCUCUUUCCUGAAAGCUGUGAUCAUCUUUUGAGAUGUUAUGAAGGCAUCUUCAUUUCCUCUGAAGAAAACCUGAAUUACUCUCAGGUUCAAUGACUAGCAGAUCAGUAUUGAAGCACGUAAUUUUUUUUUUACAGCAUGAACAAAGUAUGUUUUAUACCAUCAACUGCAGUUUGAAUUGUACUUUUGAAACCUGCUUAAGCUCCAAAAGCAGCAUUUUGUUUGCAGCUUCCAUGCCAGGAAAGUCACAGCAUUAGAGGAAUUUCCUGGGUUGGAGUGUUUCUCACAAAGGUCUGCAGUCUUUUCCCCAACAAUUGUGAAUUUAGCACAAUGUACAGAAUUUUAGCAAGAACCCUGAUUCCACGUGGCCAGAAGAAUGAGGAGAGGAUGUGUUUCUUGUUGAUCAAGCACAACCAUUUCCGUGGAGAAAAUGCACUACAGCUGGUCAGACCAUUGAGCUUGAGUUGCUGGGGUAGUGCUGCCUUUGGGAAGGGUGUAGGUGUUAGCAAAUCACCAAACUGUGAAUCAUUGACUGUCAGAAGCAUUUGGCUUGUCUUUUUUAAGUUCUUGUGGUCAAAUGUGGUACAGUGGGGUUGAGAAAGGAAUGUAUUUUGGAUGACCAGGAUGAUGAAUGUAUGAUGCUUCAUGUUUAUUUGUAAUGUCCUUUUUAUACUUAGAAAUUGCUUACCUAUGUAUCUGUAUGUAAAUAAAUGUUUAAUCCUUUCCA